AUGAAGUCCACAGAAUCAACUUCGGGUGUGAAGAGCAAGGUUUUAUUGCGGUCUUAGUCGAAAUUUCUUUCUAGAGAUAUAUUUUAGUACUGACUUUUGAAUUUCCUAUCAACUUUUUCACAAAAAUAGUAAUUUGGGCUAUAAUUCUGACUUACGACGUAAAGCGACUGUAUCGCCGCUAUCCAAGUCAAACCAUCUAGAUAUCCGUUUCAGUAAAAGAUUACUUUUUUUAAAUGCAAAGAUAUCUUUUUGCUGUCUUUAGAUGCAAACAACCGACUGGAGCGUUGAAUGGAUUCAUUUUUAAAAUAUAUCCAAAUAGACAGAAUGGAAAGAGCCGCGCGUUUGCUGGCGGGUCCAAGGUGCUCGAAGCCAGAUCUAUGGGGUUCUAUAGGAGCUUUAGGGAACUUGUGAAACUCUGGCGGUUAGGAUUGUGAGAAUAGAUGUGUGGUAGGGACUGUGUGAGCGAGGAGGCUCUAUGCAGAGCCUGAGUAUUCCAGUAAUCUUCCAUACCUAACAAACAGUACCGCGUUCAAAAACAUCGUCUUACAGAGCUCUGUUUCCAAGUUGAGCAGGUCUCCGUCUCUGUUGAAAGCGGCCAAACCCGGUUCAGGGGUUUGAAAAUAAGAGUAGAUAUAAUUACUCACCGCAAAGUUUCCAGCGAACGAAAAAAAGAAGAGACGCUUCAGUAGCCAAAGACGUGACCGUCGACGCCACUGCCGAUGAAGACGACAAACCAAUUUCGGUUUACUCUACGAUAGGGAAAAAACCUCGGAGCGGCGAGCGACCGCCGUUCAAUUUUUACAAUGUUGUGAAAGUUGUGAUUCCUGAGCCUGUUGCAUGUUCUGUAAGUCAUCCAUUUGCAAACCACACUUUUUUCUUUCUUUCUUUUCCUUCAUGAGAAUUUCAUAUUUUGGGAUAUUUUUCAAUUCCAUAAAUUUUUAAAUAGUUCUGUGGGCCGCUGGAAAUCUCUUACCCUAGUUCUGAGCGGUCAAUAAUUAAUUUUCUCAUUUUUUUGAAAUCCAUUUUUCAGUUUCUCACCUUUGUUGAUGUGAACUUUAAUAUGGGGAUAGAACGAGUACGAGACGAUUUGUGUGAAUAUUUAAUCCAUGGAGACCAGAUUCUCGACUUGAACGGUAUGGUAACACCAUGCUUGUACUCGCUGAGUAAGGCGCUUGCAACUCCUCCACCGGUCAGUUCGUCGCAAAAAACUGUAUUUGUGGUCAGGAACAAUUACAGUAUGUAUUCACGGUGCUGCGGGUUUGGAACAUCGAACCACCAACGAAAACGCAAAUGGAAGGCUUAGGCAGAAACGAAAGUACCUUUCUUGUUAACGUUUGUGAGUUAUUAUUCCCGUGCUUCUUUGAUUUUUUUUGAGUUCAGAUGUGCACAAGCUUGUCAAUAAGCACGGGUUCAGCCUGAAAAUGGUCAACAAGAAAAUAACCGUAGUUGGAGCGAGUUUCUUUUUUUGUUCAUUACGAGUUUUCACAUUCUCUUGAUUGAUAUUUUUUUUCACUCCAACCAUCGCUUUGAAAAAUGACUUUGAAAACAAAUGUUGAUAUGAUCAUACAACGGGAAAAAGUCUCGAAUUCUUUUGACCAUCCUUUCAGUUUUCUUUUCUUCGCUAUUCUCAUGACAUUUUUUCUCUUUUACAAAAGAAAAAUUCACAAAUGCAUCAUUCAAAUAUCACUGAAAAUUUUGACUAAUUUUGAUUUUUUAAGAGCUAAUACCAGAAAAGCAGGAUUUAGACGAAUCAAGAGUUUUCUUUUCUAUCGUCAGGUUUUGCCACGUUCGAAUGGCGGUUAUGCAUUUUGUGCCGGCGAUCGUCUUAUUGAUUUUGAUGGCAGCUCAACUUCCGUUAGCCUUCCUUCUGAUUUAUUAUGAACUUAUUUUUUGCUUCAGGGAUACUCUAUUCAAAACGCAAAAUCAUUUUACAACACAGGAAUCAAAAAUUUCGGAUAUUGUCAGUGAGUAUAAAUUAGUUUUUUUUCUUCAAAUUGAGCUCAUGCUCUCAAACUUAGGAAUAAAGAGAUUGGAUGUCAAAAAGUACAAGGAAAAACACGAUUAUAUAAAAUGUUUUUAAUGUAUGUAUCGAUGUUUGGAAGAGAGCUUGUAUUAUAUUGGUGUUCCAUGAGAUUUAAAAAAAAUUAUUCAUGAACAAAGCUUGCUUUUGAUGUCUCUGUCUCGAUUUUUUCCAAAAUGAAAACAAUAAUUUUAGCAUAGGGUUCAGAAUUUGCUGUACACAACUUUUUUGGCUGCAAACUUUGAUAAAACGAAAAAGGCGAAUUUCUUUUUCAACUUCUCUGGAAUCAUGGUUUCUUAAGUACCUACCGUAUACAUUAGUUCAUCAAGUUCUCAACCCACCACCUAUUGGACUUCCCGUGUCAGUACUAGAAACACAUGUUCCAAAACAGGGGAGCGCUAAUAGUUAAAAAAAACUUGUGAGGUUGUCCUCACAUUGUUUCUUGAAAAUUACAUUUUUUGUUUACGCGAAAACUUUUGUUUCGUUCUUGUGGGGUUUCUUAAAAUACGUGCUGUGAGAUUUCUCUCAAUUUUCUCUUUUGAGAUUUUAUUUAAAGAUUUUUCCUCGAAAACGUCAUUUUUGGAGAUACAUUAUUUUGAAAAAGCUAUUCUGCUUAGUGUGUUCACGUAACUAUUGUAGAUCAACGCUUAUUGUAUUAAUCGUGCCGCUAUUGCAGUAAGCCACGACUUUGCCAAUGGCUUUAGGACAUUAAGAGCAUUCGAUUACAUAUGAAAUCGAUGAAAUAUACGUACAUUCAUGUGUCCCAUGGCGCUCAGCAGGUUUUCUCUUACGUUUUGGAACACUCUCUCCGAGAACAUCUAAGUUCAUAUAUAUGUGUGAGAAUCAAGGUAUGAUCAUACCUUGAUUCUCACCGCGCACACAACCCUUGUAAGUCCGAAUGAAAAAAGAAGGAUACAAAAAUAAUGUUCUAAAGAUCCUUCUUGCUUCUUCUUCUCCAUGCAUUAAGUUCAACUAAUAGCAAGUUGAACGAGCUCCGCUUUGAAAGAUUGGUAAACAUAAAAAACAAAAUUUCAAUUUCAGAUUCUUGGUUGAACGAACAGUUUCUUUGCGUUCAUCACCAAACCCUUCGGUUUUCGCCGAAGUUGCGACGUCAGCCAUAGUGGAAAAGCCAGGGUCGCGACGUAGCAAGAAGAACAAUCAUUCGAUAGAGCCUCCAUCGGACGAGAUUCCGCCAAAAGACUAUCCACUGGAGUACGACGCCGUCGAGAUCGGCUGUCGCGAGGCCACCCGUUUCUUGCACGUCAAUAACAACCAUCUCUUCACCAAAGUUUGUUAA